CAUUCACCACUGCAAUGGAACUUUGUAACUAGACCCGGGGAGAAGAGGCGACAAUUGACGGUUGUUGAGAAUUGCCCAUACGUACAUCCAUGGACCUACUUAGGUGGCGGGUUGAGUUUCCUCCAUUCAGAUCUGCUCUCCGAUCAUCCUAACCUCUCAUCCUCCUAAACCUGCUCUCGUCCCCGUCGAGAAGCGAAAGGCACAGCGGUCAAAGUGUUCUCUAUCGCCAGGUCGACCUGUCAACCCAUCGCACUCGCGAGUGUACGGGAGCGAGCAGUGAGAUCAGCGCUGCUACAUCCACUCACUACCCUCUGUCGGUGCUACUGCAAGUCGACUUCCCCAUCGGGUGUACCUAGUGGUCGCGCAGCCGUUUGGAAUUCGCGCGCUGGAGGCAGGCACCAAAGUCUUGCGCCUUCGAGGUACUCUGGAGAACUAUCACAUCGACGCAACGUCUUAUUCACUGCCGCAGGAUCUCUAACGUAUUCCACGAUGGGGCAACGACACCGAGUAGCAAUUAUUGGAUCCGGUAACUGGGGAAGUGCAAUCGCCAGGAUUGCCGGUCAAAAUGUGAAGCGCUAUCCAGAUACGUUCGAAGAGAAGGUAGGGAUGUAUGUUUAUCAGGAGAAGAUCGACGGGCGGAACUUGACCGAGAUCAUAAACGAGGAGCAUGAGAACGUGAAAUAUCUUCCGGGCAUCAAGCUACCGGAGAACGUUGUCGCAAAUGCAAGCGCAUCAGAGACAGCCAAAGGAGCGGACCUUCUGGUAUUCGUGCUGCCACAUCAGUUCAUUCAAGGCGUAUGCACAGAGCUCAAAGGCAAGGUGCCUUCGAAUGUACGGGCGAUAUCGAUGAUCAAGGGAGUGGAGGUCAAGGACGGAGAUAUCCGAAUCUUUGCGGAUGUGAUCGAGCAUAUUCUGGGUUGCAAAUGCUCGGCACUCAGCGGGGCGAAUAUCGCGAACGAGGUUGCGGAGGACAAGUUUUCAGAGACGACGAUCGGCUACCGCGCCGGCGAUGUCGAGUCUGCAGAGCUGUUUCACAAGUUGUUCGACACUCCGCAAUUCCGCGUCGGCAUGAUCGAGGACGUUGCGGGCGUCAGCCUGUGUGGUGCGCUCAAGAAUGUCGUCGCCAUCGCUGCUGGAUUCUGCGAUGGCCUGGGGUGGGGCGACAACGCCAAGGCGGCGAUCAUGCGCAUCGGCCUCAUGGAGAUGAAGCGAUUCUCUGAAGAGUUCUUCGACGGCGUCAAAGCUGAGACAUUCACCGAGACGAGUGCCGGUGUCGCCGACCUGAUCACGACUUGCUUUGGCGGGCGCAACCGGCGGUGCGCCGAGGCGUUCGUCAAGACGGGCAAGCCGUUCGCCGUGCUGGAGAAGGAGCUGCUCAAAGGGCAGAAAUUGCAAGGGACAGAGACAGCGCGAGAGGUGCAUGCGUUCUUGAAAGCGCGCGGCAAGGUCGACGAUUACCCGCUCUUCCGCGCCGUGUACUCAAUCGCGUAUGACGGCGUCAAGCCUCAGGAUCUCACGAACAAGCUCUAGGCCUUAGGGAAAUUCAUCCAUUUGCUGUCUCUGCCUCUGUCUUGCCUCUGUCACUCUCGUUCUCCAUCUCAUCUCGCUUGUACGGGCGUCCACGUUUUUGCUUUUGCACUGCCAUUACGCAAUGUAACGUAUGCUGACCGUCAUACUUAG